AUGAUUCGAAAACUUAUUAGGAACAGACAACGCCUGAAAUGGGUUUUAUUCACUGGUGCAUCGAUAUGGAUAUUUUUCAUCUUAUAUUUCAUAAAUUCAAAUUACUACAACACCGAAAGUCAUUUGCUGUCUUAUUCCAUUUAUAAUAUAUACGAUAAUCUACAUGAGGAGAACGAGUCUCCACUGAAAUCUAUAUUAUCACCAUUGGUUGAUAAUUCAGCAAAUGAUCAACAACAUAUCAGCAACUUCAAAAACCAUACACUUUACGAAUCAUUAAUAAAGAGCACGUUCCAAAACACUACCAAACGAACAAAAGAUUUAAAUUCAAAUAUAUACGAUGAUAUUUUUACCAAUCACAAGCUUGAGACAGUCUUGGGAACGUUAUCAUUUAAAGAACGAUGUGAUUUAUAUUUCAAAAAUGUUUUCGCUCAAGAUGUAAAUUGGCAUUUCAAUCCUGAUACAAAAUAUGAUGUAAAUUUUGAUAAAAAAACUAAAGAGUAUCAAGAGUUUAACAAAGUAAAAGAACUAAUUAUACAAGAAAAAUUUGAUAAAAUGAAGCAAAAACUCAAAGAAGAAGAUUACAGUAAAGAAUUGGAAAAGUUGCAAAAAUCCAUGUUUACAGAUUAUAUGCACCAAAAGUUUGAACAAGAGAUUGUUAAUCGAUUAUCAACUUUUAGAAUUUUCAACAAAUGCUAUAUAACAAAUGACGAAACCCCUCAAAUCAACAAGAUAAACCAAUUUAUUACCAACCAACAAAAGUUAGUGCAAAAUCUUCAUCGAGAAAGUGAAACUUCUGACAAGACUAAAAUAGAUAAAUUAGAAUUGACAGACAAGGAGGCUUUGGUUGACUUGAUGGUUACCAAAUCAUCAACAUUUGAACAUAGAGUUUACCCUUGGAUAUCCAAAGAAUACCCAGUUUAUGAACGAUGGACAGGGAAAGUUUAUCAUGAACCACCGAAUUAUUAUGAAAUUUUGAAUCAUGAUCCAAUGCAAAAAACUACCAAAAAGACCCAACAUUCAAAUAAUGCUGCAGAGCCAUUUUUAAAACAAUUUAAAAACAAGUUCAAUGGUAGAGGGAUAGUUUUAACUAUUGGGAAUCAACAUUCUGAUUAUGCUGCGAAUCUUAUACAUUUAUUGCGAGCCCUAGAUAACAAAUUACCCAUUCAAAUUGUAUAUUAUGACGAUGUUAAUGAAAAAUCCAAACGGAAAAUAGUCACUGCUGCACAAGAAGAUUUCCGAUCUCUACCACAUUCAUUUGAAAAAGUUGCCCAUUUAUUUGGUGAUAAAUAUAUCAAUUCACAAGGGAAAGGACUACAACCACAGGAAGUUUGGUUUGUGAAUGCCUAUAAUUCCAUUCAUAAGAAUUAUCGAGGGAAGUUUUCUCGAUUCGGUAAUAAGUUAUUAGCUAGUUUGUUCAAUUCGUUUAGUGAGUUUAUAUUGAUUGAUGUUGAUACUGUUUUAAUGCAACCUCCAGAAUUUUUCUUCCAAUUGAAAAAUUAUCAAACCACAGGGACAUAUUUUUUCAAAGAUCGAUCAGUAUUUCAAAAAAGAUCACUCGAGGAUGGUAAAUUUUUCGAAAGAAUGGGUCCAUCAACAGUCGAUCAAAUAAUGUUUGAUAUUCCCAUAAUGACAAACUAUACUACUACCAGAGAACUAUUCAGAGGUUUACAACAUUAUAUGGAGUCUGGGUUGGUCAUGAUUAACAAAGAUAAACAUUUGAACUCAAUUUUAAUGAUCACACAAAUCAAUCUCAUUGGACCGAUUACAGGGAAAGUUUGGGGAGAUAAAGAAUUAUUUUGGUUAGGUUUUGCCAUUAAUGGUGAUGAAGAGUACUAUUUCGAUAACAAUUUUGCAGCCGCGAUUGGUGAAUUAACUCCUCCACAAGAUCGAGCCCGUAAAGAUGGAACGUGGCAUCAUUCAAAAGAGAUUUGUACGCCUCAUCCAGGCCAUAUCAGUAGUGAUGAUAAUCAUAGUUUAUUAUGGAUAAAUUCAGGGUUCCGGUUUUGUCAUCAAGCAGAUGAAGUUGAUUUUGAAAAAGAAGCGGAAAAGAAGACUCGCUUGAAGCAUUUACAAACUGCAGACCAAUUUAGAACUUUUUAUUAUAAUCCGUUGAGAAUAACUCAUGCUAUUGUACCACCAUUAGAUCCAGACUUGCAAGAUCGUAAAAAUGCAAUGGAUGAACCGACUAAUGGUUGGUUCUGGGAAUCAGGGUAUUGUCGAAGGUACAUGUGGUGUGCUUACUCAAGUGUUGGUGGGCCACAAAAGCGCCCUGACGAGAAGGAUGACAAAAACGACAACAAUAAGAUUAAAGAUAAUACGCUAGAAGGUAUAUUAGUGGAAUAUAAUCAGGAUGAAAUAGCCUUGUUUGAUUAUUUAGGUGAUAUUUGGGUAGGAACUGAAUAA